GAAAAAUAUUUGAGCCGGAUGUGAACAGUGACAGGCGAAAGUAGAGAGUGAAUAACAGCGAGCUCUUGGAAAGUUAAAAGUACAGUUUAAUGUACAACCCAGAGACGACACAAUAAGCGAAAGAUACUCUGAAUAUGACAUCUAUCUCAGAGGACAGUGAUAAGGAGAAGGUGCGCUCUGUAUCAGUCGACUUGAACAAUGAUGCAUCUCUCAUAAUUGAUAUCCCUGAUGCCCUCUGUGAACGUGACAAAGUCAAAUUUACCAUCCAUGUCAAGACCACAAUUAGUUCCUUUCAGAAGCCGGCAUUUUCUGUGCCACGACAGCAUGAAGAUUUCAUCUGGCUUCAUGACACAAUCGUGGAGACCGAGGAAUAUGCUGGCCUCAUUAUUCCUCCUGCCCCACCAAAACCUGACUUUGAGGGUCCCCGGGAGAAGAUGCAUAAAUUGGGAGAGGGGGAGUCCAGCAUGACAAAGGAGGAAUAUGCCAAAAUGAAGCAGGAACUUGAGGCGGAAUAUCUUGCUGUUUUUAAGAAGACCGUGCAGGUUCAUGAAGUCUUUCUUCAGAGACUCUCCUCCCACCCCAUCUUCAGAAAGGACAGAAACUUCCAGAUAUUCCUGGAAUACGACCAGGAUCUCAGCGUGAGGAGGAAAAAUGCCAAGGAAAUGUUUGGAGGGUUCUUUAAGAACAUGGUAAAGAGUGCUGAUGAGGUCCUCAUCUCAGGGGUCAAGGAGGUUGAUGAGUUUUUUGAACAGGAGAAGACUUUUCUGUUGGAUUAUUCCAGUAAAAUCAAAGAUGCCACCGCUAAGGCUGAGAAAAUGACGCGUUCACACAAAAAUGUUGCUGAUGAUUAUAACCACAUUUCUGGGGCUCUGAACCACACUGCUGCAGACAACAACACUGCCUUUAAAAAGCACUUAGAAAAAUCUGCUGAAGUGUUUGAAAAGCUUAGAAAAUUGGAGGACAGGGUGGCAUCGGAUCAGGAGCUCAAGCUGACAGAAUUGUUGAGAUACUACACAAGGGACAUCCAGGCUGCCAAGGAUCUGUUGUAUAGACGUGCACGGGCACUUGCAGAUUACGAGAACUCCAAUAAAGCUCUUGACAAGGCUCGUCUGAAGGGAAAGGACAUUGCACAGGCUGAGGAAAACCAGAAGAAGUCUCUGCAGAAGUUUGACAAGCUCUCAGAGUCUGGCAAGAAAGAGCUCACCAGCUUCAAAGCGAGGCGUGUAGUAGCCUUCCGUAAGAACUUGAUCGAGAUGACUGAGCUGGAAAUAAAACAUGCCAAGAACAGCAUGUCCCUUCUGCAGGGAACCAUUGAGAUCCUCAAUAGCAACUGACCCACACGAUGAGGUCGGUCACUGGAUCAUCUUGAGGUCCUUGUAUUGUUACUAACCCAUUAGAGGGGAACCUGAAUGCACCUACUUCAAAAACUUAAAUGUGGUUCAGUAACCUCACCAAAACGUGCAAAAGAGCCACUACCAAUAAUGUCUCUACCAUGUUUACACUAUCUCGUUGUUGUUCUUCUCCCAUUCUCUUUACUGCCAGUAUCUUGCCACCAAACUGAGGGCAGUGAACAUGACAUCACCCAAAAGCUCUCCCAUUUUUUUGAAUUAUCAAUAACACAAUGUGUGUAUUAGCAUUCUUUAUAUAUAUAUUCCAUAAGUAUUCCAAGUUUUGCCAGAUUAGAUGUUUUAGUUAGGAUUAUGCAGGCUGAUAUAACUCACCACAGUCACCGAAGAUUAAAUGCAUAAUUGUUGAUUGUGACUGCAAUUUCGUACCUUUAAAUGUGAUUGAUCUGCUUUUGGCUGUCACACUGGAAAGCUGAUGCAUACUAAUCAUGAACUAUCACGUGAAUUGACAUGUGACGACAAACAGAGCGGUAUAACGUGUUACGUGACCUUGAAUACUUCAGCUUAUAUCUUCUUAUAACAUUUUUCUGUUCAGUCGAUAUGUAGAAAAUGUAAGCACCAAGGAAAUGUUGACAUUAAUUUACGAUCAAAUACUUUCCAAUUACCCUUUGGCAGGGUCAAAAACAGCACUUUUCGUUUUGUAUCUGCUUAUUUUUGUUUUAAACUGUAGACUGACUCUUAUGUCUCCAUUUGGGGUGUGGGUGAAUCCCACAAGUCUCAGUUUUCAGUUACUAUUAGUAGUUUGUGGAAUCCAGAGUGUUUAAUGGUCAAGGUUACACAGCUAUGUAUAAGUUGGUGCUUCCAUAUGUGUAACCAGGAAACGCUUUCCCUCGAGUGAACUGCAUGUUUUUCCAAAACUAAUCCUUUUCUGAAGACUGAAGUCAGAUUCUAUUGUAAAAAAUGCCACCCAUUUAAGUUUUAGUUCAUUUAGUUUAAGUUGGGCUACACAUCCUUUCACUAUUAAAUAUAAAUCGGCAUUCCUUAACCAAAUGUAUUUUUAUACUUGAUUAAAUGUUUCCUCUUGAUGUUGUUACUAACAGUUUAAGACUUCCUACAUUUGAAUUGGACCAAAAUAUGUGUUUGGUUUGAUGUAAACACAAAAAUAUGUAACUUUACUGAUUAUGGAGAUUAUAUUUUGUAAAAGCAUUAUUACAGUCAUGUCUCAGAGAAGACAAUUUUUACAAAUGAUUGUGUAAAGGAAAGUUUUCACAUGGACUAUCAGCAUUUUUAUGAAAGCUUGCAAUAAUGAAAAUAAAUAUGCUCCGCUUUCCCA